AUGAACAACUCCCGUUUUCUGUCUCUACCAGUAGAGAUACGAGACCACAUUUACAGCUAUGUCCUGAUUGGCCUUGGUCCAUCUCGUCACAAGACCACACGCUGUGGUCCAGCAUACUACAUCCACGACUUCUGCUUGCGACCCUCACCAGCUGCUCGCAAGAUGGAGUACCCGGACAUUCUAGCCAUAACGGCACGCGAUCAUCCUCUACUCCAUACUUGCCAUCAAAUCUCCAACGAAGGCUUCGAGUUGUUCUUGGGCAAUAACGAAUUUAUCCAGGAUAUCCUUGUGACCAGUUUGACUACCUCGGCCUGCAAAUUUCUGAGUCUGUUCAUCAAAGGUCUUGGAGACAAGGUACAUCUAGUUCGGCGAAUGGGACUCGCUAUCGAGGAACCGGACGAAGAUCUGCUCGCCAAACUCAUCGACUGGCUAAUCAUGGUUGGAAUUGCAGAAAGAAUUAGGACGGGCGUCAUGAUUCUGCGAAUCAAGAUCACACGACCGACAAAAUCACCCCCACUCUUUGCGCCCAUGGGAGAGUCCUGGACCAUUGCGCCAAAAGACGAAACCCUGAUGACACUAAAUAUUGUCGUUGGGGAUGAACGAGCCUCGUGGGCAGAAUUUGAGAAGAGUAAGGAACUUGACUGGGAGGGUCGCCAAUGCGGAACAGACAGGGUGCUCAGUUCAUGUCGUGCUGCGGGCAUGGAAAGUGUGAAAGAUCGUGAAAAGGCGUGGCGAGAGGAGAGAAGAGUCUGGUGGGAGGAAACUUGGCAGACCAUGCGGGACAAGUAUCAGGGCUGGCUCGAGGUAAUGGAUGACUUGAAACACAGGCCGAAGGUCGUCGUAGGUUGUGGCGACGAGGAGAUGGGACUUCGAAGAUCGAGGAUAGGACAGGCUCAAACUGGCUGA